GCCACCGUUACAGAGCAGAAAGAAAACAUCAGAGAACUGACCGCCACCGUUACAGAGCAGAAAGAAAAGAACAGAGCUUUAGAGACACAACUCAGGGAACAACAGAUGUUUAUCCUGGAAGAGCUGAAGAAGAAAAAUGAUGAAAUUUCAAAUCUUACUCUGAGUCAAGUGGAGGAGUUGAAAAAGGAAAAUAGAGACAGAGAAAUAGCUUUUUCAGCUGCACUGACACAAUCAAGCACUGAAUAUAUUGGUCCUUUUUCCACUGAAAUCACACUAACCUACAAGAACGUCAUCACCAACAUAGGGAAUGCCUACAACCCAAUUACAGGUGUUUUCACAGCCCCACUGAAAGGAGCGUACAUGUUCAGAAUCUAUGUAUUUGGUCACGGCCCAACUGCAGCAACUGCAUCCAUUUAUAAGAAUGAACAGCGUGUGGUUAUAGCAUACUGUUCUCGGCCUCAGAGUGAUUUAAACUCCUCUAAUGGAGUUGUGUUGAUCCUGGAGGUUGGAGAUGUUGUCUAUGUGAGACUUUGGCGUAACGGGAGGUUGUAUGAUGACCAGAAUAACCCCAACACUUUCAGUGGUUUCCUACUGUUUCCUUUAAGAUAACAUGAGCUUUUGAAGAACCUUCAGGAUAUGAUUUAAGAUGAAAAUCAUGAAGAAUCAUUAACAUAUGAACUUGUAUUAAUGAGGAAUAAUGUGUGUUUGACAUUUGCAAUAGAUUACUGUAUAAAGUCAGUAUAAUUCACUAUACUCACAAGUUCUGAUCUGUCUAUACAUGUAAGUUUAUAUAAUGAGUUUCAGCACUGGUCCAGACAGGACCCAUGAAUAUCAUAUGUGACCCAAAAGCAGGGCUGUCACAAUUCCUUGAUUAAAUUUGAGUACUCUGUUUUAAGAAAAUACUCGAUUGCAAUUUACCUGUGUUAAAUACGCGACAAAAUACCAGAAAUGGUGCAUAUCCUUGGACGAGAAUCCACGAACUGCAUUAUUAAACCGUUUUCUAAGGGCUCGUUCACAAAGAAGACGUGGGCAGUGGAACGGGAAUAAAUCUCAAGAUGCAUUUUUUAAAAGUUGAACUGAUUUUAACUUGAGCACCGCAUUUUUUAGAACACCAUGUCAUGCGUGAGCUGCACAAGACACGAGCGCAACAGUUUUACACAUCCGUCUAGCGCGUGUUUACAUAGAAAAGCAAUGGACAAGUAGUGCAUUGGAAAAGAUCUCAUUUUUUGGGGCACUUUAUCACAGGAUUUUGUUGUACAGUAUGUAAUAUUUCUGUAAUAUUCUUGCAGCACUGUGUGGUAUUACUGUCAUAUUUCUGCACUAUUUACUACAGGAUUUUGUGCUGUACAGUAUGUAAUAUUACUGUGAUAUUAUUUUGGUACUACUGUCAUAUUACUGCAGUAAUACUUGGAAUUUCCUGUAAUAAACCUUUGGUCCUUAAUUGUGUUAUGUAGUAUUCUGUGGUAUUCCUGUAACCUUUUAUUUCUAAAAUAUUAUGGUAACAUUAUAAGAUAUUCCUGCAAGAAAAGUG